AUGUCGAACGCGUCACCAGAGGUCGUGGCAUCAGCCGAGUACUGGAGCUCCUCUGUUCGGUUUGAUAAUGGCUGGACAGCUGCCGCUCUGACAAUCCUUUAUUACGACUUUGCCUCCACUUUCUCGACUGAAAUCGAGCACUUUUGGAAGAACGCCAGGUUUUCCAUCGCUUCCGUGCUCUUUGUACUCAAUCGGUACUACGGCCUCCUAGGCUCAAUCCCGAUAUUGGUGGAGUUUUUUGCCACAAUUCCGGAAAAUGCUUCAUUUUUCACGACACAGAGUCCUGUGGACACCGUAAACCCUUUGCCGUUCAAAUUCAAGGGAUGCGAUUUAUCUUUGACGAAUGACCAAUCUUGUGCUAGCGUGGAGUGCAAUGUUGUUUUCGACAGCACAGUAUUUAUACUCACCCUCAUCCGAGCAUUGCAAAUGCGUCGGUAUGCACGGGGUGGUUUGCUGGAGGUCUUGUUUCGAGAUGGGACAAUCUACUAUGGGUCGAAUCAUGGUGGCCUCCGUGUUAGCCAAUAUUACGACCUUUGUGAUAACUCGCGUAAUGUCUUCCUUAUUAUUCGAGGCAUCAAGCCUCGGGCUGAUGCGUAUAAUAACCAGUCAAACACUCCGCUGAAGGGUCUGGAUACAACUCUCUGCAACGUACUCGCCACUACUUUGACUUCGCGUCUAAUCCUGAACCUUCGGGAUCCGAAGCUCCUACGACCUCGCAACCUCGGCAAGGGUGAACGCCUCCAGACUGACAAGUGGCAAACGACUAAUUCAAUGCCAACGGAUUACGACGCGCCUUCGUUUCAGCAUACGUUGACGCAUAUCGAAGCCGGAGAAGUGGCAACAGAGUUCAUGGGAGGCCAAGGGACAAUAUCCGAAAUUAGCGAACCUUAUGUCAAUAUAUCAGAGAUUGGUGUGUACGCGACCUACGGACCGUUGCUGGUGAACGAUUAUGUCGACACCGACGUUCUCAGCAAGCUGAGGAACUUCCUUCUCCACGGAAGCUUCAUGAAACCGCAAUGGAAGCCAUGA